GUGGGCGGCAUGUUCAUGGCUUUCCACACUUCUUGGAAGUUGUCGAUCCUUGCACUUACAAUUGUGCCUCCGAUCACCUACAGCUACCGUGCAUAUGCUAAGUGGGCCAGGAAAAUCACAAGAUCCAUCUAUUGCGCGUAUGGUGAGGCAAACAGCACUGCGACGGAUGCCAUUAGCAACAUCCGUACGGUGCGUGGCUUUUCAACCGAAGAGCACGAGGCCUUCAGAUACUCAGACAGCAUCAACACAGCCUUAGGCCACGGUGUGAGGAAUGCUUACGUUGGAGCCUCGGUGACCGCCUUCUCAACGUAUCUUAAUUUGGGCACGGCGGUGCUCAUUUUGUGGUAUGGUGGCCAGCUUGUUUGUGAUGAGAAAGGCGAAGUGAUGAGCAUUGGCUCUCUCAUCACCUUCCAGCUCUAUUGGAACAUGAUGAACAAUGCUUUCAUUGCUCUCGGGAAUGUCUUCAAUGACCUGAUUCGUUCCUCGUCAGCGGCGGAACGGGUGUUUUCAUUGAUCGAUGCCCGCCCCGAUGUCAAUCCCGAUGAUGGGGAGGAGGUCACUCGCGAUUGUGUGAAGGGCCACUUGCAGCUUCGUGGCAUUCAAUUUCGUUACAGGUCUCGUCCCGAGACUUUGGUUCUGAAAGGAAUUGACAUGGACAUGCCCCCUGGGACCACCACGGCUCUUGUCGGCAAGAGUGGAGGUGGAAAGAGUACCUUAGUUCAUUUACUCAUGAGAUUCUAUGAACCAACUGGUGGGGAAAUACGCCUGGAUGGCCGGAGUAUGACGACCCUGUCUUCCAAGAGCGUUCGUCGAUGUUGUGGGUUCGUUGCACAGGACACGCAGCUGUUCUCUUCCACCAUAGUUGAAAACCUUGCCUACGGAAUUGGCAGGGACUACACGCGUGAUGAAGUAGUUGAAGCUUGCCGAGCAGCCAAUGCGCAUGAGUUCAUUCUGGAAAUGGAAGAAGGUUAUGACACGCGCGUUGGCGAGAAAGGAAUCAUGCUAUCUGGUGGACAGAAGCAGCGUUUGGCAAUUGCACGAUGCUUCCUUCGCAAGCCUCGGAUGCUAUUCCUGGAUGAAGCAACAUCAGCUCUGGAUGCAGAGAACGAGGCAAUUGUGCAGGGUGCGCUCGAGACUUUGCUAUCUGAGCUGAACAGCACGGUUGUGCUGAUCGCUCACCGACUCAGCACGGUUAUCAAUGCAACGCAGAUCUGUGUUGUACACAAGGGAACGAUUGUGGAGCGUGGCAGUCACGAUGAGCUCGUAACCACCGGCGGAGUCUAUGCCCAGCUUGUCAGUCGUCAGCUUUCUCGUGAUGCAAGUGCUGUGAUGGAUUCCAAGAAGGAGAAAACAAAGCCUUCCUCGAAGGCGACUGAGAUCGAUGAUUUGAUCGAGGAGAUGGAGCAAGCAGGUGGCAAGUUGGGAGAGUGA